UCUAAACCCUAAAUCAGCUCUCAUUAGCCUCUUUCUUCUUUUAUUUUCGAGCUCCAAGAGCAAGUAGAGAGAGAAAGCUUCAAAUCUUCAUAUCUUCUUCAUUUUAGCUCCAAAUUAACACAACCACUUUCCUAUAUUGAAAAAGCUUCCAAGGUGGAGUACGCAAAAAUUGAGAAAGGCAAGGGGAAGCAAACACAAAUAUCGAGGUUUGCAAAUAACCAACCUUAUGGUAAUUUCUCGUACAGUGAUCAACAAAAUUUGACGGGUAUGGCUAACUUUAUGGUUGAAGAAAAUUUACCUUAUCUGUUUUCUGAAAGUGUUUCUUUUCAAGAGUAUGCACAAACUUGUUUAAAUCCUCAAUUUCGAAGUUUUAGUCGAAAAACGGUUAAGAAAGAAAUUAUAAGGCUUUAUAAGGCGGAAAAGGCAAACUUACAAAUUUUUUUUUGCAAACUAUGAUGGGUGUGUUUCUGUUUGUUCUGACAUAUGGGAGGACACCUAUCAUAAUUUACAUUAUUUGGGUUUGACUGCACAUUAUGUUGAUGAUGAUUGGAAUAUGCAUAAACGUGUUCUUGCUUUUCAUGAAUUUAAUGAUCGUCACACCGCUGAACAUAUUUAUAUUUUGAUUGAGCGUAUUUUAAUUGAGUAUAAUUUGGUUAAUAAGGUGUUUGCUAUAGGUUUUGAUAAUGCUACUAAUAAUACUGCUGCUAUACCUAGAUUGCAUGAAUUGUGUGGUUCUACUACUUUGAUGGGUAGAUUUUUUCAUCAACGAUGUGCAUGCCAUAUAAUAAAUUUAUGUGUGCAGGAUGGUCUAAAAGCGUUGGGAGAUGCUAUGGAGGUAGCGAAGGGGGGAUUAGACGUAUUUGGGCUAAUGGUCAACUUAAAUUAAAAUGGAAAAAUUAUUUGAAUGAAAGAAAUGUGAAAUAUGUUGCUUUUCCUAAAGAUUUGUCUAUUCGGUGGAAUAGUUCUUAUAAAUUAGUUAGAGUUCUUAUUAGAUAUAAAGAACAUAUUCCUGCUUUUUUAAAAGAAUAUGAUAACUACAUUUUAAACCCCGCUCACAUCGACACUUGCGAAAAAAUUUGUAAUGUUUUGAUAUUUUUUAAUAAUGCAACUGAAAGUUUUAGUCAUGUUUAUAAACCUACUUCAAACGAAUUUAUGCGUGAACUUGUUAAUCUCGCCGAUGCUUUUAAUGAAUUUGAAAAUGCCGAUUAUGUGAGCCAUUUUUGUGGUUUUAUGAAGGAAAAGUUUUUAAAAUAUUAUGCACAUAUUCCGCAUAUUUAUGGUAUUGCAUUUAUUCUCGAUCCUCGUUAUCGACUUGGUAAUUUGGAACAAUGUUACAAGUUCUAUUAUCAAUCUUUUUAUGGUGAUUUUCCAAUGUAUGAAGAUAACCCUAUAGAUCCGCAAUCUGAAUACAACGAGGUUAGUAGUUUAUUCUAUUCUUUAUUUAAUGAGUUUCGUGCACAAUAUGACAACGCUCCCCCUCCCCCGACCCAAACAUCUUCAUCUAAAGGAAAAUCACUUUUUAAAUCUUCAUUUGGAAAUCUUAUGAAAAAAACUAAAACAACUCACACUACUGAACAAAGCACAAUUAAUGAGAUUGCUUUGUAUACUAACUAUGAGGUUGAGUUUGUAGAAAAUGAAGAAUUUGACGUCCUAAAGUGGUGGAAGUCAAAAGAAAGAAUGUUCCCGAUUUUAGCACGGAUGGCUAAGCAAGUACUAUCAAUGCCGGUUUCAACAGUUGCCGUGGAACAAGAAUUUAGUUCGGCCGGCAACGUCCUAACUAAAUCGAGAACGUGUUUGAGUGCCGAAUCUCUUGAGACGCUUAUAUGCUACCACGAUUGGUUGAAGGCAAGACGUAGAACUCAAGAACUUAGCAUCACCCCCUCCCAAGACUUUAUGGAUGAAUCAACCGAAGGUGGUUCUACCUAUGCCGGAGAUUCCGAUUGAUUAGUAUUUUACAAUUUCUUAUUUUAUCCUCAAUUCUCUAUUGUAAUUUGUCAACUUGUAGAUUUGUAGUUCAUUUUUCAAAUCAAUAUACAUUAUAUUUUUUUAUAUGUCACAAUUCUCACAUUA